AUGGCCGGAACCCAAGCCGCCCGGCUCCUGCAGCCGUGGCUCUCGCAGUCGACAUCUCUCUACACACGGCAGUCCAUUUUCACGCCUAGUUCUCUAAGGACACCAGCCAAUUUUGUCGCAUCCGCGCCAUCAAAAUGCAUCGCAAGGCCCUUUAGCGUCCAGACAGCACUGAACAAGAAGCCGCCAACACGACGUGCUACAUCGGCAAAGAAGUCGCCCUACUCUCGCGACCAGUCGCUCCCCGUCAGUCUAGACAACAUGUCGAUGUUGGUGCCAAUGACAUUCGUGCCGCCGCCCAUGUCGAAAUGGCCGCGCGGCUUCAAACAAUUUAUGCACAUGGGUUAUCUGGUGGCAUGGAACCGGGCGAUCAACUAUGUGUACAUGAUCAUCCACAAGGUCUACUCAAAGCCAGGCUGGCGGACUCGGCCGCUGUUCAAGAUGCGCAAGUCCGAAAUCAAGCCUGCGGCCCGAGAUCUACACACCCGCAUGAACAGCGCGAUCGCUUCGGGUGACAAGGCCGAGCUCAGGAAAGUCUGCUCGCAGGAGCUGUACGAGAAGCUGUCAGGAAUCGUCGAUGUACGGCCCAAGGGUCAGUCCAUGAAGUGGGAGCUCGAGGGCGGCCGAGCCAAGCUGAGUGUUCGCGACGACAGGAUCGCCAUGAUUCCAAUGACCCCUACCGAGAACCGCACAAUUCGCCAGGCCGUCGUUGCUGUCGAGAGCACGCAGCGCAUUGUCACCAUCGACCACAAGAAGGGUGGCGCCGAGGUUCCCGGCACGGCCAAGGCCAAGGCCAUGAAAGAAAACAUUGUGCUGACGAGCUAUGUCGACCAAAACACUUGGCAACAAACCCCUUGGAAGAUCUGGGGAACUUUGCCAGACAGCACACUCGAGGGUCAUCUUGACGAGGUAGAAGCAUACAAGAAAAUGGCGGAUGAUCAGGCAAAAUAG